AUGACUUCACUGUUCCGCGCGGGUUUCCUUUAUGAUCGCGGGAUCUCCCGUAUAUUACAGCAGACUUCACCUGACCGCUGAUGUAGUCGUACACUCAGCCGCGCUCUCUCUCUGUCUCUCUCUCACCCCGUACGACGCACUCUGCACCGAACACUCCAGUCCUGAAUGCGAUUUGAUGUUGGCAGUGCGAGUAGUUUGACUUUUGGAUAUCCAUCAGCACCGUGGAAAAAGUGCACUUGUUUCGGCCUUAGCCUUCUGCGUUGAGAGCCCGUCCUUCAUUACAGUCAUGUCAGAGGUUCUGCCCUACGGCGAGGGGAAAAUGAGCGGAUACGGAGCGGACAACGAUGUCAGUCAAAUGUCCUUCAGCUGCGGGCUGCAGGACACCAACGCGUUCUUCGGAGCGUCGCAGGCGAAAAGACCCCCAAAACUUGGACAGAUCGGCAGAGCGAAGAGAGUGGUCAUCGAGGACGACCGAAUAGACGAGGUGCUGAAAGGCAUGACUGACAAAUCGUCACCGGGUGUGUAAACCCGAGCGAUGCCUUGCAGACAUUCCGAUUUUUUGCAGUCAACGAUUUGAAGCACUUGUCGGUUGUGCAUGUGAAGAAGAUUGCAAAGAGAUGGAGGGAUGAUGAUGGCAGGACGCGAGAACCAAGAGGAGACUUCACAAAAGGGAAAAAAGCGAAUUAAAGAAUGGAGAGAUGAGAGAGAUUUAUUUUGGGGGUUUGCUGGCAAUCCUCUACAAAACGACCCCCGAAUGAAAGCUUUGAGGAAGGUGUUGAGGCUGCGCUCUCUGCGGCUCUGCUCAUGUGAAUAGAAAUGGCUGGACUUGUCAUUAUUAUUCCACAACAAUCAUCUUCCAAAAGCAUUGUAAGCAAAACGAAGUUCAACGAAUGACUGAAUCGCAUCUCAAGCUCUGUUAUUAAUGCUGUACAGUAUCUUAGCUCAAAGACCUUUCCCUUAACACACACAUACACACCGAUCAAUCUUCAUGGAUCUGCCUUGAGCGUCGACUUCAAUCCGACUGCUGCUUUUAGAGACAUUGUAGACACACACAAAGACACUGAACUCCCAUAAAGAUAAUUGAACUUCUAAGUAUACUCAUACGCGGAUGGUGCAAUGUGAACAUUUUCUUUUUCCAAAACGACAAAAAAAAGUUGCGAAUUUAUUACCAUACACAUAACCACAGUUGUUGAAGCGUAGUCUUUGCGUUGUUUGGUGAUCUAUUGUUUUGCGCAUCACCGCAUCUGUGCCACGGAUUCACAUCAUCAUUACAGCACAGAAGAAAAGUGGGCAUUACGCCCUCAUGUAAUUAACCCAACAUGAACACGUCUUUCUUCGUUUUAUAUUUUGACUUUUUUCUUUUCUUUUCAUCGCCUCCUCACUUUUUUCCAUUGUGUCCAUCUCUUUGCAUGAACUUUUACUCCGGUGCCAACAGAGGUGCCACCAUGAAUCUUACCCUGGCACGCUUAUUUUUAUUUUUAAAAGUCAUAUUUGUAUUUUUAUAUCUAAAUAAUCAUUUAAAUGAUAUGUUAGUAUGUCGUCUUAAAAUUCAAGGAAUUCUUUUGACAGAGACAAGAGGAUAAUUGUUUGGUUUAUAUAUAUAUAUAUAUAAAUAAUAAAAUAAAAAAAAUAAAAAAAGAGAGACUUACCGAAUGAAUGUUUCUCGGGGUUUUUGCACACAUCCGUGUUGAUCUACUGUUAUAUGGAAAUCGUAAACUGUGACCUGAGCUUCGUUGAAGAAUUUGUUAGAAAAUGGCUAUAUUAGAAAUCUACUGCAUUGUUUACGAAUUUCUUCAAAUAACACGUUGUUAUUUGACUGGUUUUUGGACAUUUUUUUCUCUUUGAUUUGUGUUUCUUUUUUUUCUUUUCUUUUUUUUACCAUUAUUCUAAAGAAACUGACUAUGGUUUGUUGUGCAUGAAACCUUAAUACUUUUCAAUAAUGGUACAUCGUUUUAUUAAGCAAAAAAGCAACAAAAAAUGUCAUGACAUUCUAAGAAUGAAUCAUUGCAUAUUAAAAUACCAUUUUCACUGUAUUUGGUGAAUUAAUAAAUGGUGGAAGAACACAUAGAAAUGCAUAUGUCGUCAUUUGACACAACUGGUGCACAGCAAGGAGAUACACAAGUCUGAUAUAGCUUAACACAAAUACAAUAUGUGAUCAAAUUGAUUUUGGGGGCCCUCAUUACAAUGUACUGUAUACCCAUCAUGGACAAAGCAUCUAAAGAUAGGUCUACUAAUAAGUAAGACUUGAAGGGAUAGUAGUUCACCCCAAAAUUAAAACCAUCACUUCCGUAAGUGCCUCACUGUAACCUUGAUUUUUAUGUUUAUUUUUUUAUAGAAAAGGAUGGACAAAUCAAAAUUCCUCUUUUUUUAGUAAUCAACAUUAUGCCACAAAUGCUGUCGAUUAAGUGUAACUUUUAUUGAACCUGGAAUAUUCCUUUAAUUGAUUGCAAAUUAUUUAAUUGAAAGCCAUGAACAGACCUGAUUAUCAUGAUUUUUGUAAUUUUAGGCUGAAUUCUGUAGUGACUUUGUUCGUUUAAGCCCAACCUUGUUUUUGCAUAGCUGAACGAAACACAUGCCAUUUCAUGUUUACACUGAACAUCCAGAAACCACAUGCUCUAUACCAUCU